GGUUAGUGGGAAAAAAAAACCAAAAAAAAAAACACCAAAAAAAAAACCAGUAGGGAGAGAGAACUGGGAUAAACGUGAAUUGAAAGCAACAAAGCCUCUUGCAGGCUUUCAGUCUCCCAUUUGCUGCUGAAGCAUUGGCUAAUAAUGUAAAGGAAUAAAAGCAUCUAAAUUUUUCAUCUGUCAAGACUGCUGUCUUGACAUCAGUAGAGAGAAGCUUGAUGUGAGCGGCUUAAGAAAGCUGUGGAGAUACAGUUCAUUUGGGAGAUGGAAGAAAUGGCAGAGCAGCUUUUGUAGGAUGUGAUUAUUGAUCUGUGCCCAUUACAUUUGGGCUGAUGUCUGAUGUUAUAAUAUGCUAAUGUAAAGUAAUGGAGUGUUAUUUGCAAAGGAAAGAGUUGGCACUCAAGAUACUAUCUCUGACUUCAGCUGGGGAAAACAGAAUGCUCAGGGCUGGGUACGACUCUGAUUUAGGGGAAGGAGGAAACAUGAAACUCCAGCAUCUUUCCUGCUCGGUGUAUCGAUCAAAACCCUCAUAAAGGCAUUUGCUGUAAAAUGCGACGAGAAACUCUUGGUGAAGGCUUUUUUCCAGUUUGAAAUCAGAUGUUCUUUACCCUUGGAAACAUAAUUCUCUGGAAUUUGGCAGUGGGUUGGGAGUAAGAGCAGUGCCAGUUAGUCCUGUGGAUUUGCAUCUCGUGCUGUGUUUCAACAUCAGAGUGUAUCUGCAGAGGCAACAGUUUCAUAAGUCCAGUUUACAACCUUUGUCCACUCCGGGCUCUUCCUUCUGCUUCUGGAGAAUGGAAUUGUACUUUCCACUGCUUCAGUAUUGAGAAGAUUCUGGGCAGUCUCAAAGGACUUGACUGGCAUAGAGUCCAUGGACCAAUGUCGCCACACACUGGAGCAGCACAACUGGAACAUAGAGGCAGCUGUGCAGGACCGACUGAAUGAGCAAGAGGGUGUCCCAAGUGUCUUUAAUCCUCCUCCAUCGCGGCCGUUGCAGGUCAAUACAGCCGACCACAGGAUCUACAGCUACGUUGUCUCAAGGCCACAGCCAAGGGGCCUGUUAGGAUGGGGUUACUACUUCAUAAUGCUUCCAUUCCGAUUUACCUAUUACACAUUACUUGAUAUAUUUAGGUUUGCUCUGCGUUUUAUACGCCCCGAUCCUCGUAGUCGGGUCACUGACCCAGUGGGUGACAUUAUUUCGUUUAUUCAUAUGUUUGAGGAAAAAUAUGGGAGGAUACACCCUGUCUUCUACCAGGGAACUUACAGCCAGGCACUGAACGAUGCCAAGCGGGAGCUGCGCUUCCUGUUGGUUUAUCUUCAUGGAGAUGACCACCAAGACACAGAUGAGUUUUGCCGCAAUACACUGUGUGCACCCGAGGUCAUCACCCUCAUCAACACUAGGAUGCUCUUCUGGGCUUGCUCAACCAACAAACCAGAGGGAUACAGAGUGUCCCAGGCCCUGCGGGAGAACACGUACCCAUUCCUGGCCGUGAUCAUGCUGAAGGACCGCAGGAUGACCGUGGUUGGGCGGCUGGAAGGUCUCAUCCAGGCUGAUGACCUCAUCAACCAGCUGAUGUUCAUCAUGGAUGCCAACCAGACGUACCUGGUGUCUGAACGCCUGGAAAGGGAAGAGAGAAACCAAACCCAAGUCCUGAGGCAGCAGCAGGACGAGGCAUAUCUGGCAUCCUUACGUGCGGACCAGGAAAAGGAGCGCAAGAAGAAGGAGGAACGGGAGAGGAAGAAGAAGAAAGAGGAGGAAGUGCAGCAGCAAAAGCUAGCAGAGGAGAGGCGGCGACAGACGCUGCAGGAGGAGAAGGAGCGGAAGUCGGAAUGCCUUCCUCCCGAGCCACAUCCCGAUGACCCGGAGAGCGUCAAGAUCAUUUUCAAGCUGCCUAACGAUUCCAGAGUGGAGCGGCGAUUCCACUUCACACAGUCACUGACGGUGAUCCAUGACUUCCUGUUCUCCUUGAAAGAAAGCCCUGAGAAGUUCCAGAUUGAGGCCAACUUCCCUCGCCGUGUCCUGCCCUGCCUCCCUACAGAGGAGUGGCCCAACCCCCCCACGCUGCAGGAGGCCGGACUCAGCCACACGGAAGUCCUCUUUGUGCAGGACCUCACGGACGAUUGACACUUCUUUUGGUUUUGUUUUUGGUUAUUUUGUUUUUGGUUUUGUUUUUGUUUUGUUUUUUUUCCAGAAGACACAAAACGGAAAGAGAAAUUCAUAUUAUUAUUAUAAUACAAUAUUUUUUUUAAAAGACUGCGUACAAACGAGGGAUCAGAGACCACAUGGCCCGUGCCAGCUGUGCUGCGUGUGUGCGCUGGCGAGAGGACGCGUGCGCACGGCCAUCCCCUGCACCGGGGGGGCAGAGAGGGGGGAGCUGGUGUUGCCCCUCCACCUUCCCUGGGGAGGAACAGGAAUGGCAGCUCUUGGUAAUUACUGCUUUUAUUGAUGACAAUAAUAAUAAAACCCCGACAACCUGACAUCGUGUGAAGAUUUGAUACUCUGCUGCUCCCGAGAGACACAGGACCGAGCACCGGAACGUGCUGGGAGUGGGGUGGGGGGAAAGGGCUGGACACAAUCUUUUCAGCUUCCCUCUCUGUAUAAAUACUGUUCUUUAAUAUUUCUCUUGCUUUGUAAUGACCAAAGGAGAAUGGGGUUGACUAUAGUAUUAACUUUUUGAUAAAGAGCUGGUUCGAUUCUUACCCGUGUGGGGUCUUGCCCAGGGUUCUUAGCCUGCGUAGUGUAAUAAACUCUGCCUCUAGCA